GGGUAGACGCUUGUAUUCAUUCCGUCACCGGUUCGGCGACCAUUAUAAGUAGCAUGGUCCCCUGUUAGCCUGGACUUCCUCAGGGUCUCCUCACAACCACAACAUGCUCUUCGACGUCCGCAAACAGCUUACUUUCUACGGCGCAUACCACAAUAAUCCGACUAAUGUGCGGAUUCAUCUGACAUGUGUCCCGAUCAUUCUAUGGACGUACAUGGUAAUGUUGCAGUACCUUCCACGACCGUCCUUCAUUCCCCCGAUCGAAUACAAGUUCAACGACUACCUUGAAUUCCAAUUUAACUGGGCUACAUUUAUUUGGAUAUUCUAUAUCGUGUACUACCAUAUCCUUGAACCUGUUGCUGCUUUCCUCUACGUUCCUCAGUUCUUCCUAUCACUUCUGACUGCAAUUUCGGUAUCUCAUCGACCUGAAGCACUACGAUACGUGAUUGCCCUUCAUAUAGCAGCUUGGCUCGCUCAAUUCGUUGGCCACGGCGUCGCCGAGAAACGAGCUCCUGCCUUACUCGACAAUAUUGUAGGAGGUGUGUCGUUAGCUGCGUGGCAUCUGUUUCAUCUGACGAUGCUCAUCAACUUCGGUUCUUCUAUCUUUGUACAGCCCUUGUUCUAGCUCCCUUCUUUGUACAUGUGGAACUCCUAUUCAGGCUUGGAUAUCGUCCGGAGUUUCAGAAGGCCUUGCAUAAUGAUAUUGGACAAGAGAUCGCGCGAAUCAAAAAGGCCGAAGGUGACAAGAAACGUGCGGAUGAGCUUGAUGAAGAGCUUAAAGAAGAGCAAGAACUCUAACCUCGUGGUAGGGUUGCAAAGACUUCGGAAUCUAGUUUCCAUUCUUGUGUUGUGUCACUCAUCCCCCCUCCUAUUUCGCAAAAGGAUAUGUAUUGUAUAUGUACUCUAGUGGUUUGUACAACAGGCGGUCCGAACGUAAACAACAGAUCCUCAUAAAUUGGUGGCGGUAAA